AUGGAUGGGCUUAGCGCAGCCGCGAGCGGCAUCGCCGUCGUGUCCCUCGCCAUCCAGCUCGUGGACUCUGUGCGCGAGAUCCGGCGAUUCUUACGAGACGUAUCCGAGGCGCCGAAGGAGCUGAGGAGGUUGAUUGAUUUGUUGGAGCAGCUUGAGUUGAUCCUGGAGAAUAUCGGGGCGCUUGUUGAACGACAGCAGGAACACACUGCACAAGCGGAGAUCGACGUGUCCGGGAGUAUUUUGAGGGCGAUGAGGACUUGCGAGAGCAAGCUGCAGAUGCUGGAGGGUGUUGUGGAAGCUGCGAAGAAAAGUGCCACUGCGACGAACAAGACUACUAGGACGUUUGGGUCCUUUAGGCUGGCUUGCAAGAGGAGAGAAAUCGAGGAGUUUGAGAGCCAGCUACGUGAUGCUAUCAACUUGCUGAACUUAGCGAUGACGACGAAUCUGACAAUUGGUCAUGUACUGGAACUUGUCACGGCUACAAACCAGAUGACAACAACUAUCAGCAGAGAACUGCUCCACUCAAGAAAUGAUUCCGGCACUGACGCUGACCACGGGGUUUCCGCCACCGCUGAAGUCAGCAUCCAGAGCAAGAAAAGGAAGGCUGGGUUCAAACUUUCAAAAAGACAGUCAUAUGCGUUUUCCUCGUAUUCCGGACUCUUUGGAAAGCUGUACAUUAGAAGAAAAAUCAGUGAUUCAACUUUUGGGGACGAAGAGGAACCCUCUCCCAUGACCGCUUACGCAAACGAAACCACCUGGACUUUCAUGCCAUCAUUCUUGUCAUAUGCUUUCGACUUCCGGUACCUCAACACUUGUGGGCACAUUGAAAGAUCUCUUAGGACAUAUCCUGUUCUCCCGCUCAACCAUCCGGUGUGGGAGAUGUGCGAGUGCGGAGAUCUUAAAGGGAUUCAGAAGCUUCUUAGCAACCAACAAAUUUCCCCGUCCUGUGUUAACAGUUAUGGUACAACGUUACUGCACCGCUCAGCAUCGUAUAACCGGGCUGAAAUCUGCCAAUUUCUCAUCGAAGUUGGCCUUACAGCUCAAGAGACUAACCGCGGUCCUGUAUGGACCACUCAUCCACGCAUUCCGAACAAAAAUCGCUUGAAGGCGGCCAAAGAUGUUGAAAAAACGUACGAUAUCAUUUCUUGCCAUAUGCGCAAUUUAGACUCCACCGACUUCUCAGCUGGACUCUUUACAAGCACUUUCGUGGAAAUUCCUGUGGACUUAUUCACUAGGAUAGUUCACGAAUGGCUCACCGAAGAAAAUAUCAAUGAUUGUUCUCUCCCCUUUCAAUGUCCCCAGUGGAAGUCGAUCAUUUUUCACCUGAUACGCUUGGGAAGUAAUCUUCAACGAGGGUCCAAAAAAGGAAUUACAAUACUCGAUGAUCUCAUGAAUAGAGCCGACACUCCCUUUGAGUCCAAGUCUUUCGGCCUGGCAUGGCUUGAUAUCCUGACAGAAUUGCGGCUAGACGUGGUGGAAUAUCUGAGAACUGAGUACUGCUUCUAUUUUGACCCAUCUAAAUCAUUACCAAUGUUGGAAGGAAAUUGGAGCACAGAUUUCCGUGCUCGGCGUUUGGUCGUAUCGGAGGAGACGCCAUCCAUUUCCUGGGAUUGGUUCAUAGAUGCGAACGGGAAAACAUUUGAAGUGCUGGAAGAGUUCAAAAACUUCGGACCGAGCUACCAUAACGUUAUUUAUUGGUAUCCAACCCGCCCCGAACUGUUUAGUAACUGGCCAUUCUUAUACCCCAAGUGGGCUUUCGAUAUGGAAGAAGCAAAGGUCAGAUCGUGGGAUAAAAAACUCGCCGGGCUUGUCCAACUCGCCGAAGAUCGAUUCGAACGACGCUGGCACAAGAAGGCAACGAAGCUCGCUAGAGCUCAAGGGCUACUGUAG